CUUCGGCCCCGGGUCCUCUAGGAGGUGCCACUUGGCAUCUUUGAGAAGGUGUACGGGGUUAUCUGGGGUUAUGUCGCUUUCCUUGCUUUGUUACACCUCAUUUUUUCCUCGUCUUGGUGCUUUUUGUAAGCACACAGUAGUUUUUGUAGGUGUUUCUUAUAGCUCUGCUAGUCUCUGAUACUUUUUCUAGCUGGCAGCAUGUUAAAAGAGAAAAAUACACUUUUUAACAGUCAGGGCAAGAGGAGGGAUUCUGGGCAAUUAGACUUCUUCAGAUCUCCAUUUGAUGGCUAGGAGUACAGGCACCUAGAAUUAUUACAAGCUAUUCCACAAUUAGAAAGCCUUGUCCCAAACAGGCAGGCAUAAUGGUAGUGGUGCUUUCCAAAAACGAACAAAUUUCAAACUGCUUAUCUUACGCUUUUAUUAGUAUUGUCAUCUUACAAGUUUAUAUCAUACUUAGGUUGCAGCAUGGUCUGUGUUUGCAUGUAGCACUGCUUGUAUGAGGUAAUGAUGUGAAUUAUUCUUGCUCUAUAGUCCUAGCUUGACCUCUGGCCUCUGUUGAGAUGCCAUAGCCCCUGCCUGUGGGGGAUUUUUGCAAUGAUGAAAGGUCCCCUCCUGACUUCCAUGCCUGCUUUUCUUCAUGCUGGGGUGAGAAACCUUGUAAGAACCAUUUCUGGUUGCAUAUGAUGAAGCAAGAGUAUUGUUAUUUCCAACACUUUAAAGCUGUAUAGAUAGCAUUGUAUUAAUCUCUGAGUAUCAUGGUAACUGGUACUCUUUGUUUUUGGAAACUCAUAUCUGUGUUUGUAGUUGAAAAAUUAGCUGCAUUGUGAAAUCAGUUGUGGUGUGAUUUCCACAUCUCUUCACACAAAUUCUGUUUGCCCAGUAAGAACAAUGACUUCAUCAUAGUGACCAACUUUACUAGAGUUGAUAUCCACAAGUUAAGGAUUUGCUAGGAGCACCCCCUGUGCAGGCAUAUCUGAUCAUAUUCAUGGUAUUUCUGUCUGGUUGGUUGCACAGUCAAAAGUUUUUAUUUACCGAGGGUCACAAAACUGUUUGUUAUUACAUUUCAGUGUAAGACCUAGUGGGGCCAUUUUGGAAGACAAAGGAAAUGUGUUAUUUUUACCAAGUGCUUUGGAGUUUAUGUUACUUACUAAAUACUUUAAGUUUUGUGCUCUUUCAAUAUGUCUUGGAAGCAAGAUCAUAAAGCACCAGAAUCAAGCUGAAGGAUGUGUGAGAAGAGAAAAUUGCAAGAGGAAAUACCAUGUUGCUUGAUUCGAGGAGGGAGCCAUGAAGUGGUGGAAAGAAGUGAAUAGGCAAAGAAUUCUAGAAGUUGGAAUCCUUGCCAAGUCCUACAUUGAUCAAGGGCGGCUUAUUCCAGAUGACAUCAUGACACAGCUAAUGCUGACUGAGCUAAAAGGUCUAGAUCAGUACAACUGGCUGUUGGAUGGUUUCCCCAGAACAGUUGCUCAGGCGGAAGCCCUGGAUAAAGAAUGUCACGUAGACACUGUAAUUGACCUAGACGUGCCAUUUGAGACCAUAAAGUGUCGGCUCACAGCACGUUGGAUCCACCCUGCGAGUGGCAGAGUCUACAAUCUUGAAUUCAGUCCUCCCAAAGUGCAGGGCAUUGAUGAUAUUACUGGUGAGCCACUUGUUCAGCGUGAUGAUGACAAGCCAGAGACGGUUAGCAGGAGGCUGCAGGCUUACGAUGCACAAACAAAACCUGUUCUAGAAUAUUAUCGGGAAAAAGGGUUAUUGAAAUCCUUCUCUGGAACAGAAACCAAUAAGAUCUGGCCACAUAUCUAUGCUUUCCUUCAAACCAAGUUGCCAGAUGUGAGCCAGAAAAAUGAUGCCGUUCCCAGGUGAAAAUAGGUCAGACUUCUGCUCAUCUGUCAUCACUCGAUCUUGAUUACAUGAGACUCAGCCAUCAAGGAUUUUUCCACAUAGUCUACCAGACUGAUCAACAAUUAAAGUCCAAUGCUGUCCUUAAUUUACAUUAUGAUAGAAUUGUGAUGCCUGUGGUUCUCACUUUAAUGCUGUAAUUUUUUAUAUUAAAUAUACCUAAUUUCUAAAAUAUAGUAACUAACUUUAACAAAA